AUGCCGACGGCCGACGUGGAGCUUCGCGAGACUACGGGCGUCGAUAUUGCCCGACGCGGACCUGUUCGACGUGGCCAUAACGCGAGUGAUGCAGUCGACGAAGUCCUUGAAGCUUCCCGCCUCGCGGACAAAGAAGUGCCUGAUGGAGGAUAUGGCUGGGUUGUUGUUUCGGCCUGCGCUGUCAUCACAUGGUGGUUUAUUGGCACGAGUUAUAGUUGGGGUGUUAUCCAAGAUGCACUCGUCGAACAGGGCAUCUCGUCGUCUACGACGCUGGCCUAUGUUGGAUCACUAGCCAUUGCGCUCCUGUCCAUCUUGGCCGUUCCUAACGCGCGCCUCCUGCGGGCCAUUGGCGCACGACGCACCGGUAUGGUAGGCGUGACCUUUCUUGGCGUUGCGGAGAUCCUCAGCAGCUUCUCUUUCAACAGUGUGGCUGGCCUCUUCUGCACCAGUGGCUUUCUCUUCGGUCUAGGGAUAAGCCUUUGCUUCAUCACCGUGUCCUCGAUCCCCACGCAGUAUUUUAGCCGCAAGCGGGGCUUGGCCAACGGCGUGGUAUUUGCUGGCGGCGGUCUCGGAGGGGCCAUCACGAGCUUCGCCGUCGAGUCUCUCAUCCAGCGCAUAGGGCUUCCGUGGACGUACCGCAUCUUGGGACUCAUGACCUUGUUGACGGGCCUGCCAGCUGCGUGGCUUAUCAAAGAACGGGUGCCUGCCCGCCCGACUGGCCUUGUUGAUUGGCGCCUCUUCAAGGACUUACGAUUCCUCGUUGUCUUCGCCGCGGGGGCCGUCGCCACCUUUCCCCUGCUUGUGCCGCCCUUCUUCUUGCCAUUGUACAGCCGAUCUGUUGGACUCUCCUCGUCGACAGGAGCUGGCCUUGUAGCCGGCUUUAACUUUUCGUCGGCCGUAGGAAGGAUCCUAUGCGGCCUGUUGUGCGACACGCUGGGAGCGCUGAACACCCUGUUUCUCUGCCUCCUCGUCAACGCCGUCAGCCUUCUGCUCAUCUGGCCUGCGUCGACAGCCCUUGCACCGCUCACCAUCUUUGUCAUUGUCAGCGGCGCCGCUAACGGCGGUUUCUUCUCGACGAUGCCCACUGUGGUAGGAAACGUCUUCGGCUCGCAAAGACUGUCCGUGGCCAUGGGCAUGAUUGUCACCGGUUGGGCCGGAGGCUAUCUGAUGGGAGCGCCGGUUGCUGGAUACCUGCUGGAUGCCUAUGGCGGCUCGGAUAAUGGGCUGGGGGCGUACAGGCCCGCGAUGAUCUACGCGGGCUCCAUGGCCCUGGGUGCGUGCGGGUUUGUGGCAUUGGCGAGAGUUCGGAUCAGCACGUCCAUAUGGGCCAAGACGUGA